UGGCAGUGUCCAAUCGCAGAGUGUGGUGCCGCAGGCAGGCGCUGCCCUGCGCUCCCACCGGGACUGUCACUCGCAGCUGGCUCAGGAGCACCGAGCGCUGCUGAUGUUCGAGCCUAAAAGCUGAGUGGGCUUACAAUGACUAUGUCAGAACACGCAGGAGACUCAGCAGAGAGGUCAUCUACGUCAGACCUCAAUGUGGCACUGCGUGAAUGUAUGGCAGCUCUGGAUUUAUUUCUUAACAACAAGUUCUCGGAUGCUUUGGCUUCUUUACAAGCAAAAACUAAAGACAGCAUGUAUCAUGCCCUGACUUAUGCUACCAUACUGGAGAUGCAAGCUAUGAUGACAUUUGAUCCUCAGGACAUUCUGAAUGCAGGGAACACAAUGAAGGAAGCUCAAGCCACUUGUCAAAGAUUUAGGAAGAAAUCUACUGUAGCUGAUUCUAUCAACAACCUUGUGCAUAGGCAAAGCCUUGAACACUUCACUGAAGAGGAAAUCCAUGCAGAAAUUUGUUAUGCUGAAUGUUUACUUCAGAGAGCAGCACUCACAUUCCUCCAGGAUGAGAAUAUGGUCAGCUUCAUAAAAGGAGGCAUCAAAGUCCGAAACAGUUACCAAACCUACAGGGAGUUGGACAGUCUCAUACAGUCCCCACAUUAUGUCAAAGGAGAGAACCAUCUUCAUUUUGAGGGAGGUGUAAAACUUGGAGUCGGAGCAUUUAACCUGACAUUGUCCAUGUUUCCUGCACGGAUUCUGAGAUUACUGGAGUUUGUUGGAUUUUCUGGGAAUAAGGAACAUGGUCUGCUGCAGCUUCAAGAAGGAGCAUCAUCAUACAGCUUUAGGUCGGUGCUGUGUACCAUGCUGUUGCUUUGCUAUCAUACUUUCAUGACCUUUGUGUUAGGGACAGGAAAAGGAAACGUUGAGGAGGCAGAAAGACUACUUAAGCCUUAUUUGGCGCGCUAUCCAAAGGGAGCCAUAUUCCUGUUUUUUGCAGGCAGGAUAGAAACACUAAAGGGUAAUAUUGAUGCGGCAGUCAACAGGUAUGAGGAAUGCUGCGAAGCUCAGCAGUACUGGAAGCAAUUCCAUCACAUGUGCUACUGGGAGCUGAUGUGGUGCUUCACCUACAAGCGCCAGUGGAAGAUGGCUUUUUUCUACGCAGACCUGCUGAGCAAAGAAAACACUUGGUCAAAGGCUACUUACAUUUACAUGAAAGCUGCUUAUCUCAGUAUGUUUGGACCAGAUGACUGCAGUCCUUUUGGAGACAGUGAAGCUGAAUUAUUUAGGAUUGUUCCCAGUCUGAAACUGAAAAUUGCAGGGAAAUCUCUGCCCACAGAGAAGUUUGCAAUUCGGAAAGCACGACGGUAUCUUUCUUCAAACCCUGUUCCUUUGCCUGUCCCACCUUUGGAAAUGAUGUAUAUCUGGAAUGGCUACGCUGUAAUUGGAAAAUGUCCCAACUUAACAGAAGGCAUGUUAGAGACUUUAAAUGAAGCAGAAGAAGCAUUGGCAAGAAGUUCAGCUACAGAACUACUGGCAGAUGACCGGUGUGUGAUAAAGCUGUUAAAGGGAUUAUGCCUCAAGCAUUUGGGCAAGAUCUCAGAAGCAGAAGACCAUUUUAAUUACAUCUAUUUAAAUGAGAAGAAGAUAAAAUAUGACCAUUAUCUAAUUCCAAAUGCCUUGCUGGAGCUGGCAAUACUGUAUCUGGAGCAGGAUAGAAGAGAAGAAGCAAUAAAACUUCUGGAAAAAGCAAAACAAAACUACAAGAAUUACUCCAUGGAAACAAGGACACAUUUCAGAAUUCAAGCUGCCCUGCACCAAGCCAAAUCCACCCCAGAAAAUGGAAUGCACUGUGGAGCCUCAGCAGUGUCGUAACUUUUUCUUCUUUGAUGUUCUGUUUGUUGCAAAAUUUGGUGCAGAAAAUUACCAACACUUUAGAUUUAUUUUUCCUUCUCUUUCAAGUCAGUGAAAAACCAAAUAACUUAAAAUUUCAAAGGUGAUGCAUAAAACAUUAAUCUAGUGUAAUAACAUGGCAAAAAAUCUCUCAAACCAACCAUAACCCUGAAAAAUAUUGUUUUUCCAACAGUGGCUUUUUGAAUACUUACAUCUGUGUAAUUCAUUUUUCAAUCGUGUGCCUUUCUCUUGUGUUCGCAACAUUAUGUUGUAGCUUGCUUAGUGAAAGGGGAACAUUUGAAAAAAAAAACAAACAGCAAAACUUUAAGAUUUCCAGAUUUAAUCUCAGUUAAUUCUAAAUGUUUGUUUGGAUCCAUACUACUUGGGAGUUGAAAAGGAAAACAUUGCUUUUUCCAAGUACCUGCUUAGUUGGAAUGGUGUGAGAAAAUCUCACAGCAGGGAGGAGCUCUGGAUCCUGGGCGUUUCUAGUUGUGCACAGAAAGCUUCUCUAUACCAGCUUUUACCAGCCCCAUUUUUGCUUCUGUAAGAAACCUGCUGGUGAAAAGAAUGGUCUCUCUUAUGCAAGUACCUUGACUUCUUCUUUAGUUUGGUUUUCCUGUCAAGUCUGCUGCUUGUAGCAGCUGAAUUAAUUUACUGAGGAUUGCAGGGGGAAAGGUGGUGACAGUAUAAAACUGCAUCACUCCUUCUUUGACAAUGGAAGGUUCUUAGGAAAUGUCUUCUGUCAGAAUGAACAUGAUCUGAAGCUUAUGUCAAAUUUAAAGCACAAGUCCUUGAAGGUCAUUUAAGAAAUGGCAACACUGCAGUGGCUGGAGCGAUUCUGGAGUUACUGUGACAGCCCAUCCCUUCCUACAGUGGCUGUUUUUAGGAUUCCCAAGCUGACAUGUCCAUGUUGCAAGAGGCUGAUGUUCCCUGUGGGAGGAAGCCGGGGCUGGAGCAGGCUCCCUCAGCACAAAGGAGAGCCCUUUAUCUUUUUGCUCUUGAUUGAUCUUUUGGGAGAUUUCCUGUGUAAGGGGCUUUGAGAAUAGAGCAAUGAGCUUGGUCUGCUUUCCAACGCCAUGGAAUUCCUGCUUUGCUGCAAAACUGGUGAAAUCAGUGGUACCACAGCUUUGACUUGUGUUUACUGUUCUCCAGGCUAGCUCCAUGUCUGUAUGCCUCUGGGGUUUUGGGGCACACUUCUACCUCCCUUUUGAAAGAGCUUCUUCCCCAUUACCCAUUCUGAUGGGUGGAGAUGGGAGGUCUUCUGAGAGCCCUUUUUCUCCAAUGGAGAUGUUUGUCAGGAAGAUUCAUAUCUAUGUACCUCACAGUGAAUAUCCUUUCUAAAGUGAUUGUUCCCAGCAGAAGAGAAAAUUGACAGUUUAUAGCUCUGCUUUUGCCUCCUCAAAGGAAAUGAAAUUGUUUUAUAACUGUAAAUUAAUAUGCAAGGAGACAGAACCACCAGUUCCUCAACAAGGAGAACUUGCAUUGUCUUAAAAAUAGAUACCCUUUAUAAAAGUCUUUCCAAGUUAAAAUGAUAGAUGGAAAACGCAUUUUUAAAGUGACUUUCUCAGAUAAAUUCAGUUCAGAUAAAUGUCUUGAUUCAGACAAAAUUCGGUAUAAACAGUUACGCUAUUUACAAGCUGCACAUCAAGACUUCAGUGUAAAAAUUCAGUCAUUCUUUGUAUAGAAUAAAAAAAGUUUCUUGUUCUACUUCAUGCAUAUAACGCCUCUUCUUCCAGUUGUGUCCUUUUCAAAUAUUUUGGCAGCCUUAGCAUCUUUUAAGCAAGCAAUGCCAUGUGAAAAUUAGCAUAAAUUGUACUUUGCAGAAACUGAACAAUCCUUCUGAGUGUAGAUUCAUUUGUCUUUGAAAUUUCACCCACAACUUGGUUUUGCCUGAUCUUAGAUACAUCACACAAAGGAUGUACUGUGUGAUACUCAGCCAGCUUCCCUGAUGCUUUGCAGCAAUGAAAAUCCCAAGAUUUUCCUAAGCUUUUCAUUGCCUUCCUAAGACUUUCCUAGUCUCCUCUAGUCAAACACCAGCACCAGUUGCACUGUAGACCUCAUCUGCAGCUUCAGCUGAGUGCUUUGUAGUUCACUGUGAUGUUUGACUCCUUGGCUCCCAAGCCAUAGGAAAUAAUCACCUUCCUUAUGCAAUGAGGAUUUAUGGACUGUAACAGUAUGGAUUCACUCGAGGAAAAGAUGAGUGGAAGGUCUGGUACAUUGUCACUGUGUAAGUUUUUGGUGUAUUAUAUUUUGAAUUGCCCAACAUCACUCUGCUCAUCAGUUCCUUCAUUUUGGUGCUCCUCCAUGGCAGGCAUCCAGACUCCGUGGGGUCAAUCUGGGCUGGAAGGUUGAUGCUGGGCUGGUUUUUCCAUUUCUCUGCAUGGUGCCUGGAGCAGCUCUGCAGGACAGUAAAUUGCUUCCUCAGUCUGGAGUCCCAAAUGCAGUGAAUCAGGGGAAACACAAAUGUGUGAGUUCUCACCUCAGGGUAUUCACUUAGCAGAAAAUAGUGGAUAUUGUCAUGGAAUUGUACAUCAGAGAUUGAAGCAUGGCCCAAGAUUCAGGAAAUGGAAGUACUACUGCAGAUGGAUAUAGUCAACACCUCAACUGCAGAAAGAGCAGUUCCUUCUGCAUUCAAAUACUGAACUGUCUGAGCAAUGCUUGAGAAACCCACUCUGUGCACCAUCUUUAGCCAACAACUGCUGCAAUCAGCUCUUCCCCAUCUUCAGCAAAGCCAGAGAUGUUAUCCAAAGACAAAAAUUACUAACUCAGACAGCAGAAAAGUUUUCUGCACUUGGUAGGACCUUUAUCAUAAAACCUACAAACUUUAUUUCUUUUUCAAUGCAUUUUUUUUAAGCUAGCACUAGUAAGUGUUUUCCUGCCAGUAACCAAGGAGGGGGAGAAAUUCGUUCUCAGUUUCCUGGAUAUCUGCAGCAGUGGCCAUGGUGCCCCAUGGGAUAAUGCUCUCACCUGAAAGUGGUGCUGGCAGGAAGGGCAAGGCAGUAAAAGGGGCACCCCUUUUAUCAUGGGCUCUGUUAUGUGGAAUCCCUGCAUGCAAGGUCUCUCACUGAACUGAGGGAAGAGAGGGGCUGAAGAGCCAGCAGCUCCUGCUGAGGUCUGAUGAGGUGCAACUGCAUCAGCUCCCAGCUCCUGUAAGUAACAUGAGAUGAGAUACAAGCUGUUGGGCAAAGGACACUGGGCUGGAACUGAAUAUGGUCACAGCUUUUCUGGAUGGCUAGAAGAGAAUUUGAUGAAGCCACAAACAUGGUACAGAACUACUGUGAUCUGGAAACACACACUUAUAAUUGCUCAACUCCACCUGUGGCACGGGAGCCUGCUUUGCUUACUGACACACAGUUCUAUUGCAAUCAACAGUUCCCAUGUGCCAUCAAGGAUGGAUGGUUUAAGGACUGUCCCCUUCUGACUGUGCCUUGCCUCAGGCUGUUUACACCUCAAAACUUGGCUUAGGAAAUCACAUUUUAUGAAAUACAGCAGCAUAGAACAGGAUCAUAUCAAACAUUUUCUCCCCUUUCACACUGGUUUUGGCAUUAAAUGCUGUAUUGAGUGCUUUAGUAUUUUUUGUUAUCUGUGGCCUGGGUCCAAGACUAAAAGCUCACAGGCUGACAGCUUGUGUGCCUCUGGCCCAACAGGGACGUCAGCUAAUGCUCCUCUGUGUGAGACAAGGCUUUCCUACAGGUCAGUCCCAGAAUGCAAAAAGCACUCCCAGGAGUUUAAAUACAACACUCAGCCUCCAGUUCCACCUGCAAGAUGUGUUACUUUGCCUUCUCAUGCAUAAAAACACAGCAGCAAAGCAAAUGUAUAUGAAAUGACCAAAACAAUGCAUUCAACACUGUUUCCCCUCUGGGAGGAAGAGGAGAAGAUAAAGAGGUGAGUCAUGUUGUUUACGGCUCUACAGGAAAAUGGGUAAUGGUUGGCAACGUCACUGAUGAAUGAGAUUGGGAAAACCUGAACAGACUAGAAAUGAACUUGCUUCUUUUCUCAUUAUGUUCUGCAAAUACAUUUUGGUGGCAGAUUACGUGCAAAGCGUGUACCAACAAGUGUUUUAAUUGAAUGAUUUGUUAUCAUAGAGUAUUUUUUAAAGAUGCUAUCUAGGUUUGCUUCAGGUGUUUAAAAAAAACCCCACAAGUACUUUCUUUUGAGGACGUGCGCAGUCAAUUCCUGUCUCUAAGAUUUAUGAUUAGCAACAGAACUAAUAAAUACCUGCAUUGCACUGUGGUAAAUACUGCAUAGUGUUUGCUCAAAUUCAGCCAUGCUUCUGUAGGACUGGGCUGUGCUCCAUUAUUUUCUGUGGUUUUUUAAAAUCUCAGGACCUACUUACUUUCAUUGCUGGCUAAGCAUAGGCAAAAUGUCUUUUUAGAAUUAUGCAUUGCAAUAAAGUCUACUUGCUUUCUCUCUCCUUGACGGUUUUACAGAAAAUACAAAAUGGAGCAGUCAUAGCCCUCUUCAUGCUCUUUUUAUGGGCAAUUAAAAAAUUUUAAAAUUUAAAAAAAAAAGGCAAAGAAAAGUUUGUGUUUUUUAUAUAUAUACAUAUAUAUAUAUAUAUCUCUAUACUUAGCGAAGUAUAGGAGCAGCAGUGAUGUGGUGGGAAGAGAAGAUACGCAGAAACCCCAAUACUCUGGACAGUUUUCCUCUUUCCAUUCCUUUUAUCCUGCAGCACACAGGUGUGAAGGUAAGAACAUCAUCCUUGGUGUUGGAGCUGUGUGGGAUGUUUGUCUGCAGUGCCAGAGCCCCGGGGCUGUGCUUGGUGUCAGUUGUCACAGGGGCAGUCCUAGGGUGAGCUGGUGCUUUGUGAAUGUGGUGCUUUCCCUGAUGUUUUGGCAAAGGUGCUGGUGUGAGAUGCCUGCAGCUGUCUAUGCUCCGCAGAUGUAGAAUAGGAACUGUAUCUCAGUGGAGUUCAGUAAAUCAUUCUGGGGAGUGAAGCAAUGCUGUUAACUCCAGAGGAUCCCAGAAUUACGUGGCUCACGUUCAAUGUCAUCUUACCUGGGCACAGUACCCAGCACUGCUGUUACCACCACUAAGGUUAUGCAGCUGCAGAGGUUUUUAGAAGCAAAAAUCAGUGCCAGUUACAGUUUUGAUAUUUCAGUCGUAGAUACAAUACCAGGUUGGAAGGGACCUCAAGGAUCAUGUGGUCCAACCUUUCUUGCCAAAAGCGGAGGCUGGACAAGGUGGCCGUGCACCCUGUCCAGCUGAAUCUUAGAAGUGUCCAGUGUUGGGAGAUCUAACAUUACCUGGGGAGAUUAUUCCAAUGACUGAUACAAUUGUGAAAAAUUUGAUUUGCCUUUCAUUCUUAUGGCUUGUGGAUACAUGACUCAGGUUUCCAUUCUGUGAUGCUGGCUGGGCUCAUCAUUUAUUUGAUGCAAAUAAAUGUUGGUUUUUCUAAGGAACAGCAGGAAUUUCAUGUAUAGUGCCUUUGCUACAGCUCUGUUGUCUGAUCUGUCACACACACACAUACAUAAAGAAAUGCAUAUAUAAAUAUACAUAAAACAUCUAUGUAUGUAUACUCACACACAGUGGUAACAGGUUCUGGAGCCACAGCUUUUUGAAAAGUUAUCAGAACUGCUUGAACAAAUUAUUAAAUUCAGGACUUCAAAAAGGCAAGAUACUUUAAAAAGAAAAGAAAAGAAAGCUUUGAUGGCUGAGGAAAAUGCAGAGGUUAAAGGCCUUUACUAAUGGUUUGCAGCAGGAUCACACUGCAGGACUGUGCAGUUUGCAGCCUUCUAGAAGGAAUCCCAAGGCAAAAAGGCAAUCUAGCAAGAGCCCUUCAGUGGGGUAACCUCACAAAAAUGCAGUUUUAUGCUCUAGAUUUGAAGGGCAUCAGUUUUCACUCUGGAGUAGCAGAGCUCUGCCUCAGUGGGACAGUGCCUGGAAUGGCUCUGUCCUGCUCAGAAAAGUUUUGGAGCGAUUUAUCUUUUCCCCCCUUGAAUUCUUGCCUUGUCUGCCUGCCUCAAUCUGCUUCCCCAGCGUGAAUCCUGGAUAACACAGGCAGCUCCUGCUAAUGUGGCAGAAGCAUGGGCAAAAGAUGCUGAAAAGGUGAAGUUUGUCUGUCAUGGUGCAGUGAGAGCCCUGGCAAAAGUGCAGUGAGGAAGCACAGUGAGGCUGGGAAAGCGCUUGGUGUGGGCAGCCAGGGCCCGUGUGGUGUGUGUGGUGAAUCUGUUUACUGCUGUGUGCAGAGCUCUUGAAAUGCCUUCUUGGAAAGAAAGACAAAUGUUUUGUAGGGGUUGGUGCUGAAAAGAGCAGUUUUCUGAAGUUUCUGGUGCUUGUUUUCCAGCUGGGAGGACAGAGGAGGGCUGGGGGCUCUCUGUGCACGCUCGGUGUGGCUGGGCCCCUCUUGCUGAGUAAGCAAAUACCUCGGUGCUGUGAGAACACAGAAAGGGCUUUGCACAAAGGAUUUCUUCAUUAUAAACUCCUCUCUGCAGCUUUUACUUAGCAAAGUGUCAGUGCAGAGUGGAUGUGUAAUGAAUCAGUUCCUAGCAUGAGAAUACAGUUAUUCCUUUUGCUUAAAUCAAAAAGAUACUUUAGCAGAGUAUGUUUAGACUGCUCUCUUUAUCACAAAGCAUUAACUUUGCAUUUCAUACCAAGAAUUCCAAAGCCCCAAACUCUUAUCCCAGAACAGGUUUAAAUGCAAGAUAAUCUGCAAAGGAUGGUUAGCAUAAAUUAUAUUCUUCAAAGUCAAAUGCUCUAUAAAAAGAAAAGUUAAUCCUUGAAUCUAAUUUUUAUUUUGGGUAUUAAGUCAAAAAGGGUUCUUCUGAACAGCUUUUAUUCAUGUGUUUUAUAGGUUGUCAACUAGAAUGUAUGUUUUUAAUAAAAAUGUGGUGUCUGUAACAAACUGUGUUUGUAAUCAGCCAGCAUCCACUUUUUUCCUGAGUCCUUUUAAUCCAGGAUUUAACUGCUGAGAGAUCCUGUACGUUUGGUUUCAGCCAUCUUGUUAUUUAUUUCACUGGCAGUCUGACUCAAAAGAAUUUUCAUCCUUACCACGAUUGCACAAGGACAGGAAAUGUUGAAGUCCUAAAACUGUGGCAACUGAAGUAAGUUCAGGUAUUUCGUAAUCCCUCAGCCCAGAAAUGUACCCUUCUGCCACUGGAAAGGGAGACUGUCAGCCUUCCAAACACAGAAUUGCUUUCAGCCCUGGGAAGCUGCAAGACUGUAGGAGCUUUUAAACCCUUAUGUGGCUCAUAUUCCUCAGAAAGAAAUGCUCUGGGCUGGGUUUGUUUGUUAAUGUAUGAUUCUCCCCCAGAUUUACAUAAUGAACUGGCAACAAGUAAUAAGGAUAACUAUCCUUAGAUGUGAAAUGAUUAAAGUGGUAACUCCUGUAGCAUGCAACAAUUUUUAAGCAUAAAGGUCUGUAUAAAACUGAGUAUUCCUUACUCAUCAUUAUAUCUCUGGCCUCAGGUUUGUGGGAGUUUCCUUCUGACGUAUGAGAGAAAAUCCAUUUCCUGCUCUAAUCUGCAAGUGGAACCCAACCACAUCCUUGCUGUGCCUCCUGGAUGCAGGUGCUGCCCUCCCUCCCUGCUGGUUCUGCAGCAGCUCUGGCUGUGGAGGGGACAGCAGUGAUGUGGUGGUGCUGACCUGCUGCGUGUGGGCUUUCACACUCGGUGUCCCUCACACCGCUGAAAUGGAGCAUGGUGAUCCCCCAGCCCUCCCUGGGUCUCUGCCAGGGCUGCUGUGCCACUUGCAGUUCUGAAUUACAAAUGACAUCACUGCACUCAGUGCUUUCAUCACAGUGCAUGGGCCCUAUGAAAAUGCUUUAAAGCAACAGCUCUUGAGGGCUGUCAAGCACCUCCAAACUCAGGUACUUGCACACAGUGGCUGUAAGAGGCUUUUUUGUUUGGUUUUUCCUUCAAACUGCUUUGCAGACCUUUUUCUAUGGGCCUGCCCACCCUGGCGUUGGGUGAACAGGUCCAGGUGAGUCAGAGCCAACUCCUUCCCCUCACUCAGCUUCAGGAGACUCCAGUUGGAACCAGCUGUGCUGUGCUGGACUGUUUUAACGUGUUUGAAGUGCAAGUAAUUUGUUAGACACCUCUAGGACAGGAGAUAAAUGUAUCUUCAUCUUAUACAUGGUAGAAAUAAGACACAGAUCUGGUUCCACAGUUGUAGCUAAAAUUCAGGUUAUACAUUAUUUUGCAUUAAAUUCAGAUCAAUUAGUCUUUGAAUUAGAAAUCACUCAGAACAGUAUUGUACCUAAAAACUUGAAAAAUAAUUGAUUUAUUUGUUAUAUUUACACAUUUGUCUUUAAGCUAAACUUUGAACUUUUUUGGACUGUUCUUGUGUCAUCAGCUCCAGUUUUACCCCUUCACAUCUUUUUGCUAUUUAACAAGUACUUUAAUAAAAGUAAUUUCUUCCCUUAGCCCAGUCAGUAUCAGUGUUAAAGUUCAGCUGCUCAGGUGUCAGCUGCCUAGGAAAGCAUUCAGCUCAGUAAUCUAUCACUUUCUACUUCUUUUAAAUCUUUCUUAAUCAAGUCUUGUAAUAAAUAAAGACUAAUACCACCAUGACAACACCGUUUUUUUCAAAUUGUUCAUUUGCCAGUUUUAACAAGAUAAAGAAAUGAAUACUUAAUGUGGACAUUGUUUUACCAAAAAAAAAAAAAAAAAAAAAAAAGAACCCAACCCC